AUGUCAUGCAUCGCCACAUCGGUGGGGUUGGGCAACGUAUGGCGUUUCCCCUUCGUCGCUUACGAAAACGGAGGCGGAGCAUUUCUUAUACCUUAUAUCAUAGUCCUUCUUGUUAUAGGAAAACCUAUGUACUUUCUUGAGACUGUUCUCGGUCAGUUUAGCAGUAGUAAUUGUGUCAAAAUAUGGGCUCUCUCCCCGGCUAUGAAAGGAACUGGAUACGCUCAGGCUUUGGGCGCGUCUUACGUAUUGUCUUAUUACGUGUCGAUUAUCGCCUUGUGUCUCUAUUACUUGGCCAUGAGUUUUCAAUCCACAUUGCCAUGGUCGGUUUGUAAUCCUGAGUGGGAUCGAUAUGAAAACUGUGUACCAUCAGGACAACCCGCUCCCACAGGCAUGAUAGGCAACUUAUCGAGUAGUGCAGAAUUAUAUUUUACACAAACGGUUCUGCGACAGUCUAAUGGAAUCGAUGACGGAAUCGGUGCACCUUUAUGGGACUUAACUUUAUGUCUGUUGGCAUCAUGGAUUAUAAUUUUCGUCAUAGUAGCUCGCGGUGUAAAAAGUUCCGGAAAAGCUGCUUACUUUUUGGCCAUAUUCCCAUACAUUAUUAUGUUCAUAUUACUUAUCAGAGCGGUAACAUUGCCUGGAGCUGGCAAAGGAAUUCUGUUUUUCCUUACACCGGAAUGGAAUAAAAUUUUAGAGAUACGUGUAUGGUACGCAGCUGUAACACAAGUCUUUUUCUCUCUUUCCGUAUGUUCAGGUGCCCUCAUUAUGUUUGCUUCGUACAACGGAUUUUCUCAAAACGUUUACAGGGAUUCGAUGAUCGUCACUACUUUAGAUACUUUCACAAGUCUGAUAUCGGGUAUUACUAUCUUCGGUGUGCUGGGCAAUUUGGCAGAACAAUUACAGUACGAUGAUGUUAGCCAAGUUAUUGGAUCUGGAGGAACUAGUCUUGCCUUUGUCUCAUAUCCAGAUGCUAUAGCGCAGUCUCCUGUUGUACCACAGCUAUUCGCGGUACUCUUCUUCCUGAUGAUGGCGGUGCUUGGUGUGGGUUCUGGUGUGGCUCUACUUUCAACUGUGAAUACUAUCCUUCUCGAUUCUUUCCCGCGUGUCCCCACAAUAGUGAUGUCAGCAAUUGCUUGCUCAGCUGGAUUUGGCAUUGGACUUAUAUAUGUCACACCGGGUGGACAGUACAUAUUAGAAUUAGUGGAUUAUUAUGGAGGAACUUUUAUGAGAUUGUUUGCUGCGAUUACAGAAACUAUUGGCGUCUUUUGGAUCUACGGACUGGAGAACAUAUGCUUGGACAUAGAAUUCAUGUUAGGCAUUAAACCUUCAAUAUAUUGGCGUUUAUGUUGGGCCAUAGUGACACCGGUGAUCAUGAUUGUCGUGUUCAUGUACGCCAUUAUUACUACUGAAGCUCUAGUGUUCGGUGGCACCUACUCAUAUCCAAGUGGAGCUUACAUUGCCGGUAACGCUCUGCAAUAUAUCGGUAUAGCACUGAUUCCAGUAAUUAUCUUUAUUACUAUGUGGAAAUACAGAACUAGCAAUUUCAUCGAGACUGUCAAAGUUUCGUUUAAUAAGAAGCCAACGUACGGACCCCGUGAUGCUGAUAAACGUAUGGAGUAUAAACAAUUCAGACAGGACGCGAAAUAUAACCGAGCACUUAAAAGGAAAAAUUGGUUCCAUCAUAUUGGACUCAGCCUCAUCGGAGGUUACCCUCGUUAUAAAUACAGUGCGGGUGAUGACGCCGAUAAUAAUCAACGAUAG